AUGGAUCGAUUAACAGAUAAACUUUCAACGAUAAAUUUAUUCGAUAGUGAAUCAAAUAAUAUUGAAAUAAUUCGUCUUGAACGAAUAACAACAAAACUUUAUUUAUUAGUUUUUACAAUUUGUAUAUAUAGUAUAACAAUAUAUAUACUAUUUUCGGAUAUCACUAUAGAUCAAUCUUUUUCAAAUCCUUCUCAAAAUGAUUAUAACAAUUUAUUCAUAUCUUAUUCAAAAUCACUUGAUUGCCCUUGUAGCAAAAUAUCAAUUACAUAUAAAGAUUUUAUAGAAAUCAAUACAACAUUUCAUCAAAUGUGUUCAAGUGAUUUUUAUUAUUAUGAACGACGUGAUAUUCGUGCACGUGGUAAUGCAUAUUUUGUAUUUCUUUCAAAUUUAUGUGAAAUUUCUCAAUUAACAAUUAAUAAUGCAAUUGAACAAUUUAUUAAUGAAACAUUUAUUAAUACUGAAUUAAUAUCAGAAUCUGAAUUUAAUAUUCAAAUUGAAAAUAUUAUUUUACAAUUUCAAAAUGGAACUUUAACAAAAUUUUCUCGAAGUUUAAAACUUCUACGAGAUAUAAUAAAUGGUAAUGCUUUUUCCAAUAAUAAUGAAAAUGGAUGUUCAUGUGGAACACAAAGUGAUUGUAUUGAUUCAGGAGGCAUUUAUUAUGAUAAAACUAAUCUUCAAGUAUUUGUAAUGCCUGGAUGGAAUAUUGGAUGUUCAGUUGUAGAAACAGUAUUGCAGUCAACAUUUGAAUGUUUAUAUAAUCAAACAUGUAUUGAUCUAUUAUUAUAUUAUAUCACAACUGUUCCAAAUAAACAAUAUAGUUAUGGAAUGAUUAUAUCAGCUAUUAAUUCUUCAAUUGUAACUCGUUUUGAAACAAAUACAUUGAUUCAAACUAUAGCAGAUGAAUUAUUUAUUGAAGAAUGGAAAAUCAAUAGUUCCUAUUCAUUAUUUUAUAGUCAAUGUGCUGCGAUUUAUUGUUCUUAUGAAACUCAAAAGGAUGAUUACGCCAUUUAUAUUAUAUCAAAAAUUUUAGGUUUAUAUGGAGGAUUAACUGUUUCUUUACGAUUUAUUAUUCCACUUAUUACUAAAAUAAUAUUUAAUAUUAUUAAACGAUGUCGAAAUGAUAGAAUUAUUCUCAAUGAAUAA